GGCUGUCUCCCAUUGUUUUCGCGCGCCAACUUUUCUUGAAAGGUCAAAUGCUAGCUAGCUUAGCAUAGCAUUACAGGUAUAACGAGUGUUGCUUGAGGGAGGAAUACCAGCUUCUCUCGGUGAGUGGGAAUGAUGUGGAGUGUGAAAAUGGCAUGGUAGCAAAGCCGGUCGGUAUUUGUCUUCCUAAUGGGAUGCUAAAGAGGUUCAUUCCAUCGGCUCGGGUGAUCUUGUUUGUGGUAGGUUGCCGUACGGUGAAGGCAUUAAAGAGGUGUCGCUUGGUGCCACGCUAUUUUCCUUUCUGGGAGAUCGGUGCGGUGGCUGAAGAUCCAAUGUGGAACCAUGAGAAGAGACAGAAUCUCGACGUUUCCUCUUUGAGACACCCGACUCAUCAUGAUUCACUAAAAGUGAUCGCAACACCUUGUUCUAUACAAACAAAACACCGUGAGUGGAUGUUAUUCGAAAAAGUGAUGGUGCCAGUACAAUUACCUCAAUUUCCAAAUCAUGGACCUUGCGCUUUAGAGCCUCAUGGUCCUUCAACGCACGGAUGGAUGCUCGAUAAGUGGACACUUCAACUUCCAAUUCCUUGUUUCGCUUUUCCAAUUGUUGAAGACGGUCGUUGCCAUUGGGUGUAUUCAACGUAAAGACAUGUUGACCGACUCGAGCAUUGAGAGGAGGAGGAAAGGUCAUGAUGAUCUUCUCUCGGCCGUUGCUUCCUUCUUUUCUGGAGACAUCGCCUUGGUAUCUUCUCCCAAACUAUUGGAACGACUAUUUCCACCAGAAGUGCCACAAUUGGUCAAUCGCCGUCUUUGGGCGGGUGCGACUCCGCUGCAACUG